UCUCCGAUAUCCUCACCACGCCCCCACGCUCCUCCUCCUCCUCCUCCUCCUCCUCCUCCUCCUCCUCCUCGAUGUCUUGUCUCUAGUUCCGUGAAGGCUCACUCUCAGUCUCUCGGUGUGUGUGUUACCGAUCAGUCGAACCUCGAACGCUCCUUUGGUUUCCAGGAAACCACCUCCCCGCCUGCUCUGUCAAUGGUGUUUUCCUUCCAUGUGUUCCGCAAGAGUGCCCCGAAUGGCAAGGUGUCAGUCUACGUCGGAAGGCGGGACUUCACAGACCACCUCACUCAUGUGGAACCAAUAGAUGGCAUGAUAUGGCUGGAGCGGGACUACAUAAGAGAUCGCAAGGUCUACGCCCAAGUGGUGAUGACCUACCGCUAUGGCAGGGAAGAAGAUGAGGUUAUGGGACUGACUUUCGCUAAGGAGGUGGUUGUGGCUUCGACUCAAGUUUAUCCGCCAGGACCCUACAGCAGUAAAAAGACUACUUUGCAGGACAGACUUCACAAAAAACUCGGCGCUAAUUCCUAUCCCUUCCACUUGCAACUUCCGAAAAAUGCCCCGGCUUCCGUAACUCUGCAACAAAGUAAAGAAGAGACGGGAAGGCCUUGCGGCGUCCACUGGGAACUUCGAGUGUUUGUCGGGGAAUCGAUUGACGAUCAACCCCACAGGAGAUCAUGCGUCAGGCUUCUCAUCAGGCGACUGCAGUAUGCCCCAGCGAAACAAGGACGCCAACCCCAAGCAUGUUGCGCAAAGGAGUUCUUGCUCUCCCCCGGGAAGCUGCAUCUUCAAGUCACUCUCGACAGACAGAUCUACUACCACGGCGAGAAGAUCGGAGUGGAGGUGGUCGUCAGCAACAAGUCGAAUAAACACGUGAAGAAGAUCAAAGCCAGCAUCGUGCAGCUCUGCGACAUUUCGCUCGGACCCACCGGCCAGAUCAGGAAUAACGUCGCCAGCAUCGAGACCCAAGAAGGAUGUCCCGUGGUACCAGGAGCGGGACUGAGUCGUACCUUCGGACUGCUACCAAAACUGGAGAACAACCUCGAACGUCGAGGGGUAGCCAUGGAUGGACGACUCAAGGCCGAAGAGACAAACUUGGCUUCUUCUACCUUAUUCACCAAUCCGGAUCACCGGGAGCAGUUCGGCGUGGUGGUAUCUUAUGUGGCUAAAGUGAAACUCACCAUGGGCACUCUCGGAGGAGAUCUGGUAGCUGAGGUCCCUUUCACCCUCAUGAACCCUCCCCCAGAGGAUUUGACCAGGGCUGAAACGCUGAGGGCAGGCCAGCCCGAGAGCCUUGAUGAAUCCACCCGCCUUGUGAUCGAGGACUGCCACAGGAUGUCAGUCUCCGACAACCUGAACCUGAUGGACACCCAGAAGUCUGUGGACUCUCUUGACGCCCCCAUUCACGACGAUCCCUUCUCGAAGAGCAAAGUUGAGGAUGGCGGCAAGUCGCCAGCAGACUCCGCGAGCAAGAAGUGAUUUCCUUCUUCUAACGUCUGAUCUCUCUCUCUCUCUCUCUCUUUAUUUUGUAAUUUCCUCCUUCUUUUGGUCAGUGACUUCCAAAAUGACUUUGGUUUUGGAAUAUAAAAAUCAUUCGUUUUGUACCCAGUAAAAUAAGAUUUUACUUCAGUUCAGAAAAAUAGGAAAUUUCAGUUCUUUUUGGAAGGCUGAUGUGACCGCUCUUUAUAAUAUUUUAUUCUUCUUCUAAAAUGCAUAUGAUUGACACAGAGGCAACAAAUUUGAUGUGCCAGAUAGUGAUGAGAAAGUGCAUUUCCCUCAAAUAAGACUUAAAUGGAUUAAUGGCUUUAAGUAAUAAUAUGAUGAAGACAUAAUCCGUGACGCAGUCCGUUUUAGGCUUAGCUAAUGAAGACUUACUUCUUUGUGAUAUCAUCAGGAAAUAUUCCUCCCGUACAUUCCCCUCCUAAAUCAUACUCGUGCUUCUUUUUAAGAUUAUUGCCAUUCUUUGGAAGUUUAUCAACGGGAAACUGUCAUAUUCUUAAUGAUACGCCCUUCCAUUAUAGUAUACCUUGAAAAAAUAAGUGCCAAUACAUUACCAGGAGAACAUUUUAUUCGAAAACUUCAUAUUUUUGACAUUCAUUUCUUUUAAUCUUUCAUGUUUCUUGUCCUUUUUGUAUCCAUUUCUGUUACAGUAUUUCUUUGACAAGCAGAUCAUACUGAAGUGUAUUCUAAUCUUCCGAUUUCAUUUUGUUUUUCCCUAAUUAUUUCUUCUUAUGUAAAAUAAACGUGUUGGUCUCUCUUAAGAAUCAUUAAGAGAAAAUUAACUCCUCUUUCUUGACGUCAUCUAUUAUAUUUCAUGUAUUCAGUGUUUGUGAUGCUAUUUCGGACAUCUCAUUUGGCUAACAGUUGAGAGGUCCACACCAGGCCUCUAAUAUAUCCUGGAGUACCUUCCUUCAUUUGCGAGCCGCCCUAAGGCAAGGGCUCGUGCUGGCACAAGGCCAGAGUCAUCUAAAAACAGCCAGCCAGUUACUUCGGAUAUUUGAGGCCCAGAAGGAGGGUGAUGAUGUUCAGAGAGGUCUUAGGUAGGACUUCGAGUUCUGUCUCGUCAUGACCUCCCUCCGCUCUCUCUUACUACCUACUCCUUGCAAUGGUGAUGUUUUAAUGUAGCGGGUACCCUAAUAAAGAUUAUAAUCUUCA